GGGCUGCUAUUCAUGUCAUUUACUGCGAGAUAUAUGUGGCUUCAGCUGAGAGAGCGUUAAUGUGUACGAGACGAGUGUUUUAACGUUAAAGAGAGUGCAGACCAAAAAGAGAAAAUGAAAACAAUUCAUUUAUAAACGAUAAACGAAUAUGUGCAUGUUAAUUUGUGUCGCUUGUAUAUAAGGAAAUAAUAUACAUAACAACAAAGAAGUAAAUAUGUAAAUGUGCCCUUGCCAAAUACUUAUUGCUCUCGAAUGUGAAAUCAAUUCAAAAUCAAAUACACAAGCCAAGUGAAAGAGAGUGAGAGCGUGAGCAAAAACGAAUAUGUAAAAGAAUGAAACAGCCGGAGGCGAGCCAUUGAUAAAUCCACUGAAAGACAUAUAAAAAAGGACCAGCAUGGAGUGGGUGCGCAAAAUGCGAACACGCAUGGCAACCAAAAGACUGCCAGAGGAUGUCGACGAUGGACUGGAGACGCUCGAGGAGUACAAGCAGCGCUGGCGCUCCGUGCGCAUCAUUUACUUUACAAUGUUUUUGAUGGCGCUGGGCUUUAGCAUCAUAAUCACGGGCAUAUGGCCCUACCUCGUCAAGCUAGAUCCCAAUGCCGGUAAGGAGUUCAUGGGUCUGAUAGUCGCAGCCAAUCCGUUGGGCCAGAUGAUCUUCAGUCCCAUAUUCGGAUGGUGGGGCAACAAGCUGGGCACCAUUCGUCUCCCGCUGCUCAUCUCGCUGGCCCUGUUCACCGUAGCCAGCGGCAUGUACUCCUCCUUGGAGCUGGGUCCGCCCAAUGUCAAGUACUGGAUGCUGGCGUCUAGAUUUCUGAUUGGCGUCAGUUCAGCGAACAUUGCCCUGUGCAGAUCCUAUCUAUCCGCAGCCACGCGUAUCAGCGAACGCACCCAUGCCGUCUCCAUGGUGUCCUUGGCCCAGGUCUUGGGGUUCAUCAUCGGCCCGACCCUCCAAGCGGCUGUCACACCGCUCGGCCCCAUAGGUCAUGUCUGGCUGUGGGGCAAGAUGCACGUUAACAUGUUCACGGGCUCCGGCUGGAUCAACGUGAUCAUGAGUAUGUGCAACUUCAUGAUGUUCCUGCCCGGCGUAUUCGAGGAACACAAAAUUGCCGCUCGAGAGGUUAUGGUCAUGCAGGGUGGCACCUCAGAGCGCGAUACGUGGAAGGGCAUCAAGCCGAGCUACCUCUCCGCCUGGACCCUGAUUGUGGCCUUUUUUGUGCUCGUCUUCAACUUUGUGCUCCUCGAAACCUUGGGCACAUCGUUGACAAUGGAUAUGUGGGCCUGGACGCACGAGCAGGCGCUCUGGAACAUGGGCAUCAUGAUGACAACUGCGGCCAUAGUUUCGCUGGUGACAUUCGUGAUGAUCGAGCCGCUGUGCAAGCUGGUUGCCGAACGUUACGUGCUCAUCUGGGGCGGGUUCUCGCUGAUGGUACUGGGUCGUGUGCUCUUCCUGCCGUGGGGACCCGAUCCGCCCAAAUUGGCCUUGACCUACAAUGCUAGCCUCAAUUUAAGCUUGGACGAUCCCGCCUAUCUGGGCUGCCCACACACGCAGGAGUGGUGCGGUGACAUCCCAGCCGUCUCCCUGACACAGUUCAUAAUUGGCUUUGCCCUCACCUCCGUGGGCUAUCCAAUUGGCGUGACACUCAUUCAGACGAUCUUCUCCAAAGUGCUGGGGCCCCGACCGCAGGGCGUCUGGAUGGGCUGGAUGACGGGCUCGGGCUGUCUGUCGCGUGUCUUGGGUCCCGUCUUUGUUGGCUCCAUUUACACGAGGUUGGGCACCUACUGGACCUUUGGGGUUACAUCGUUUAUGAUGCUCGUCGCAAUGAUUGCGCUGCAGUUCGGCAAUCGAUUGCUCAUCCCGCCUACGUUUGACAAGCCAGCGCCUGUGGAGCUGCAAGAACUGAAUAAACUGAAUGGCGCACAAAUAGAAGACAACUCACCGGAUGAAUCGCUCCUUACCGAUAAGCUCACUGAUCCCACCUAAUCGCUGUUCCAGCUGCCUGUCUUAGCUGUAGUUUAACGUUGCAAUACUGUCUUUAGAAUGUAGUCCUUGAGGAUCCUAGAUUUACAAAUCCUUCCUUCCCCCCACAAAUCAGAGGUAAAAACCAAUAUAUUCGUAUAUUUUUGCAUA